UUAUUUGUUUAAAAACUGUAGCUCCACCAUUUAAAAUGUAUAUAAAUAUCUAAAAUGUUUCAGAUUUACUACUAGCUUGGUGUGACAGCUUUCUAAAUCAAGCGUCAUUGAUCAAAGGUUGUAAGGACGAGUAAGAGAGCUAGAAAAGCACCAUAGAAGUCAAAUCAGGUCAGUAAAUAAUCCGGAAAAAAUGCAAAAUUUGACAUUAACCAGGGAUACCGGCCGCUUGUCCCUUGCACAGAGAAUUUUCUACGAACGCAAUGGUUUUCUGGUCCUUCCUCGAGUGAUUCCUCAUGGCAUACUCGAUAGAUGCAGCGAAAGAUUCGAGGGAUACGCGAGCGGACGCGUAGAAAAGGGCAUCACCACCAUAAUGAGAGACAUCACGGACCGCAAGUUGGUCAACAAAAUUCAGGACAUACUGCACGACGACGUUUUCCGCGAGUACUUCGAGAACAAGGAGCUGCUCGACAUAAUCGAGACCUUCGUUGGGCCGAACAUCAUCGCGGUUCACAGUAUGCUGAUCAACAAGCCACCCGACGCCGGGAGCGGCAGCUCCAGACACCCCCCGCAUCAGGAUCUCUACUACUUUCCCUUUCGUCCAGCCGACAAAAUAGUAGCCUCCUGGACAGCGAUUGAAAAAUGUAACAGGGAGAACGGCUGCCUCCAUGUCUAUCCCGGAUCGCACCGUUCCUACGACUUGCAGCCUCAUGGGUACCCCAAAGACGUUGUCAACAAAAUGUACCACGGCAUUCAAGUGAUGAUCCAUACUUAUUUAUCGAAUAAUUUUCCAACUGGAGGGAUCUUAUAA